UGGGAUUCUCGCGAUGAGACUCUACAGUAUAUAAGCGCGAAGGGCGAUGGUAGGCAUAUUAACUUUUGAACCCAGGUCCCAUAUCCCCCCUCGCAGGCGACGCACUGAUGGGACCAUAUUUGACGCGCCUUACAUUCCUUGUUGCACUUCUAGCUGGCUUAGUUGUGCAAAUCCAGGCACUCUCCCCUAACUAUCUCGCGUGCCAAUUGCAAAAGGAUGCAGAAACCUCUCCGUUAACUGGGUGUCCAGCAGGAACCCUGUAUGUGUCGCCCACAGAUAGCAGGGCAAAUUUUCAAAGUGUUCAAGCUGCUAUAGAGUCUCUGCCACAGACGGGCGACGCUGUAAUUCUGAUUGGAGCAGGAGAAUACUUUGAAAUGGUCAAUGUUGCGCGAUCCGCACCGCUCACUCUUCUGGGUCAACUUGAUCCUUCCACUGCUUACGAUACAGCGGGGAAUGCUUCUCAGCGCAACCUUGUUCACAUUUGGAACAAUAUAUAUGUCAAAGAUGGGCUGAACGAUGUGCAGACCGCGACUUUCACUAUUUCACCUGCCUCAGGAGAGAAUUUCGGUAACACUGACUUUAGAGCGUAUAAUAUCGACUUCGAAAAUCGUUCUGCCAACUACUCGAUUUCUCAAGCCCUCGUCACCGCCAUCAGCUAUGCAAAUGCUUCCUUCUAUGGCUGCACCUUUGCCAGCUGGCAAGAUACGUGGUACACCGGUAGCAACGCGCACACAUAUGUCGUUGACAGUAUAAUAUAUGGUCAAACUGAUUACCUUUUCGGAUUUGGCAUGGCCUGGUUCCAAAGCGUGAUUUUGGCCAACCGAGCUUGUGGUGGUGGUAUCACAGCCUGGCAAGGUGCGACUGGCACCAGGAAUGGGGCAUACAUCGCCGAUUCCAAAAUAAUUCGGUCCCCGGAUGCCAAUGCUACCACUCCGACUGAUGCCGGCUGCUCCCUCGGACGCCCAUGGAAUGCGAUGGCCGUUGCUGUGUACAUGAACACCUACAUGGACGAGAGUAUUCGACCUGCAGGUUUCACUUCUUGGUCUGGAAAAGCAAGCAUUCCAGACACCACUUAUUACGCAGAGUUCAAUUCGUCUGGUCCUGGAGGGGAUAUGUCAGCACGUGUAGCGCAAGACCAUAUCCUGACUUCCGACCAGGCAUCAUCCUUCACGCUAGAGGAAGUAUUUGCCGGUAUACCAGAGUGGAUUGACUUUAAUUACGAGUAUUGAUGGGUUUUGUGAUAUUGUACUACAAAAACUCCAAUGACGGAAAUUCGUCAGCAAUUAAUUGAACGACGUUCCUCGCAUUUAGCAUCCUCACACAUACGGCAGCCACACAGGUUGAUGCCGAUUCAAGCCCAUUGGAGCUUCCACAUCUUUGACAGGCGUAACGGAUAGCUGUGCUGCAUGGCGAAUAGCUGUCAUCGUCCUGAGAGGCCCUUCAACGUCCCUUUUGUCACCUGUCGCCUCGUGGAGUGUGACAGAUAGUGCUACUACCUCUAGGUUUGGUGGGUUCAAUCGCUUUGGUAGAGGUUUCCCAUCUCCGAACGCGGUAUCUGGCGAAAGUUGCCCAAGUGAUCGGAGCCAUUGCGCAACUGCUGCUAAAGAGACACGGACUUCCCAGGAGCCGCCCUCCUGUUCAAUAAGAGUUUUUUUUAAGAAAUUGACUACGACAAUGAACGUCGCUGGGGCCUGAGGACUCACAGUGAUCGUUUUUGCGAUUGCA